AUUUACAGAAUAAACAACUCCAGAAGACCAGAAGCCUGCACGACGCCGCCGCCCGCACAUCCCUUGCGCCGCCGCCGCCGCCGCCUCGCCGCCCGUCUCUCUGCCCCCGGCUGUCGUGCCCAUCGAUCUCCCCGCCGACAGCCGGUCCUCUUUGUGUGGCGCUGCGGUCCUCCUUCCAUUCUCUCGCUGCUCUCCCUGCGCUGAGGAGCGCUGACCCCUGGUUCCUCCGCGCCGGCGUUGCCGCCCAUCGGGACAUCGUCGACUCCCUUAUAAGGAGAACUCAUGUCCAGGGCACGCAAUGCUUUAGUUGCCACUGGCUUGCUGAUCUUUGCUGGUGCUGGUUUAUCAUUUCCAUUUCUUUUCGUGAAAUCAAAGAACAGGCCUAUCAUUGAUUCAUCAAAACCUCUGCCACCACAGGCUACAUUCCGAGGACCAUAUGUGAAUACUGGAUCACGUGAUAUUGGACCUGAUCCUACCAACUAUCCCAAGAAGUGAUGUAUUCUUUCCUGACAUUUGAGGCCUGUUCCCUUUCAUCUCUUUGGGCAGAUCACAAAAGUGCACAACUCUGAAAUAGUGCGAUGUUAAAAGUACCUUGUAUUAUGUGCGUCCUUAUCAUGGUUGGGCCUUGCCACAUCUGUUUUUUUUCAGUAUCUCCUAUAUAAAGAAGGAUGGAUAUUGAAGACCUUUUAGAAGUGCAAAGUUUGCUCAAUAUUAAAAUAGUAUAUAUACUUUUGUGGAUGCAUAUAUGAUUACUUGUAGUUUUAGGAGCUCCAAUAGAAUGAAAUAUGGAUAUUGUAGGCCUCAUAGAAGUGUAAACUUUGCUCGUUAUUUUAUAUAUAGGUAUAUUAUUUUUUUAUGGAUGUUUAUAGGAUUAGUUGCAUCUCGUAUGUAUUAUUAA